AUGCGGUACGUAUCAAUAAAAGGAGUGUGUACCGUGUUGUUAAUUUUAUAUUCCAUCAAUGGUUUAAACUCAGACCAAACAUCAAACUCAUCGGAGAAACCAGAAAACCAAAGAACGGAAGAACCAGAAAACAACUCAACUGAGAAGUCAGAAAACUCAACUAAUGCGAAUGGGAAUAAUUCACAUUCAGAUAGCGACGAAGAAUCUCUAUCUGUGUUUGAAAAGGUGAUUAAACGGAAUAAGAAAAAUAACGCAUCCAUACGAAGCCAAGGUGAACGUUUUAGUCAACAUGUUGGGAACCUAUUCAAAAAUUACAAACCGUAUCUUCCUCCUUUUGUUGGAAGCUUUGACCAUGUGUUCUGGUUAAAUGUAUCAGUAAUUUCGAAGGAGUUAAUCGAGAUAGAUGAAAUUGAAGAACGGUUAUCAGUCGUUAUGGAAUUCAAAUAUAUGUGGAUGGAUGAAAGACUAGCAUGGGAAACGGAAGAAAUGGAAACCAAUGGCAGUUCCGAAUUCUUCUAUUUGCCAAUUAACGAAGAUAAAAUUUGGACACCUACCUUCGAGGUUGCUAAUCAGCACCAUUCUAAGAUGUCGGGCAGUGGAAAAAAGAGCAACAAUGCUCUUUACGUUUUUAGAUCUGGCGGGAUACUUUGGGUACACACCAAAAGUUUCAACACAAUUUGCAACAUCGACACAACGUACUACCCGUUUGAUAGACAAAUAUGUCAUGUGCAUUUUGUGGCACAAAUUCCAUAUUUUCUCUUUGCAUUAAACUUCAGUCACGAGGUUGAGGAAAAUAGACUGGACAAUGGGAACUGGAGAUUUAUUGAAGUUAAUGUUUACCAGUAUUUCAACUAUCGUCACCUCAUUUAUCAUGUGACGGUCGAGUACGUAUUUCAACGAAAACCAUUCGCUCCUCUGAUAAUCCUUAUCAUCCCUGUGUUUAUGCUCGUGUCCCUUGUACCACUGGUGUUCCUUCUCCCAAAGGACGGAGGGGACAGACUUGGGCUAGCUCUCACAGUGUUACUGGCAGUUUCUGUCUAUAUGACUAUGGUCGCAGACAAACUUCCAUCCUCCUCUGAUCCCAUACCGUACAUCACCAUUGUGUUCUUUAUUUGGUACAUAUCUUGUGCCGUGAUUGUUCUCCUGGUGCUUAUGAACGCUAAGCUCUAUCACAAACGCAACCAUAAAGAUAUUCCUCGGUUGUUAAGGCGACUGGUUAUGAUAAGUCGGCGAUGCUUCUGUUUGGGCGAUGAAGACACUGAACAAACUGAGAGCGAGCAGACGUGUAUUGAUGAAGAUGGAACUCCCUUUACUGAAAAGAGAACUGAAGCCAACAGCACAGAACACCACUCAGUUAGAGCUAUUACUUGGCAGCAUGUUAGUUUGUGUCUAGACAAAUGGUUUAUUCUUACGCUUUAUUGCGUUAAAAUAUUGUUUGCUGUCAUCACAUUCCUUAUCUUAUACCAUGGUGACCAAAACAAAACGGAAACCGAAGAAAUUCAUAUUGAUUCCUCUACGAAGCCUUAUAGUUACGAGGAUAACGCUGUAUGAUCGAAUGACGUGGGUAUUAAAACACGUACUCCCUUUACAUAAAACAUACAAUAAAUAUAUUACUAUAUUUAAACAUAUCCUCAAUAUCGUGGAAAUAUUUACUUUUAAUGUGCAAAAUUUCUUUCAGGUUCAAAUAUUUUGAGUUAUGUAGUUAUAUUUUAAAACAGGUCAAGUAAAGCAAG